UCACAUACAAAAUUGUUACUAUAAUUCAAGGUACUUGGCCUUUUUGAAAUCUCAUGUAAGCAAUAAAGCGCAACCGGAAGGAUCUAUAGCAGAAGGUUACCUUUUGUGGGAGACAGUUGCAUUUUGUUCGAGAUAUUUAGAAAGCGUUGAGACUAUGUUCAAUAGACCUAAAAGGAAUGAGGAUGGUGUAUCAAACAUUGACAACUAUUUGUAUAACUCUGGUGGUCGUGUUGUAGGAAAGAAAGAAAAUGUCCGUUUGGAUGAUAGAAGUUUAAAGCAAGCUCAUUGCUAUGUUUUACUUCAUUCUGAUGAACUAACCCCGGUGCUCAAUGAGUUCCUAAAACUAAAGAGGCAAGAGAAUGACGUUGGAGGAAGUCAAGUUGAUGAAUCUAUUGAAAAUCAGUGGAUAAUUGAUGAAUUUGCAGAUUGGUUGCAAAGCCGGGUCAUAUGCUUUUACAUUUAGGGUCUUUUUAUUUUCAUACUAUACAACUUUCUAAUUCUAACUUUAUUAUUCUCGAACUAUAGGUCCAUAAUUUAGAUGAUAGCACGGUAGAUGGAAAGUUAAGAAAAGCCUUAGCCGGUGGCUUGAGUAACCGCGGGAAAAGGAUGAAAAGUGUUAUUAUCAAUGGUUACAAAUUUGAUAUUGUGGAUCGUGAGCGAUUUCGAGUAACUCAGAAUUCAGGAAUCAUGGUGGAAGCAGAGGGUCACGAAUAUUAUGGAAAACUCAAAUAAAUUUUGGAAUUAUAUUAUUAUGGUUCUUAUAAGGUUGUAUUGUUUCGUUGUGAUUGGGUCGAUAUCCGUAGGGGUAUCAAAACAAAUCCGAAUGGAAGUGUUCGUAUCAAUUUCUCAAAGUUGAUGCACACUGGUCGAUUUUUGCGUGAUGAUCCAUUUGUUUUCUCAUCUCAAGCAAAACAAGUUUUUUAUAUUGAGGAUGAGAUACAAAAAGGGUGGUGUCAUGUUGUGAAAACUAAGCCUAGGGACUUGUUUGAUAUACCUGAAUAAUUUGUUUACAACUUUUAUAAUUUAUUAUAGAUUUGAGUUCAUAAAUUUGGAUGGGUGUGUAUUUUUAUAUUUCAUUUAGU